GAGAGAGAGAGAGAGAGAGAGAGAGAGAGAGGAGAGUCGCGCCGAACCGGUCGACGAUUUCGACGAAGCUGACCGUGCAUCGACCGGCCGUCGACGUCGCUCGGCCAAAUGCUCCCGGAUGUGACCGUAAACAAGAUGACGCCGCUGCUGGUAGCCGUCGCCGGCCUGUCCUUGCUGAGGCUCGCGCUCGCCGACGAUUUUCUACCCCCUGGCGCCAAGUGCGGUAAUAAGCGCUGCAGCGUCUCGGAAUACUGCAGCCUUUACGACACGCACUGCAGGCCCUGCUUGGAUAUCUGCGACGCCGACCAUCGCAAUUACCUGCCGGACGAGUGCGAGAAGGACUGUCAAGUCUACCUGCACGAUCGACGCUACGUCCUACGCACGGAUGCGAAACAGUACGAUGAUCUCAGAGACGAAGUGGAAAGGCUACGGAUUAUGUUCACGGUCGCAACGACGUUGACCUGUCUGUCGUUAUGCGGGGUACUGUACCUGUUGGGAAGGACUCUAAUACGGUGGGAAAAGAUUCAAAACACCUUGCGAGCGCUAUUCAGGAAGAAUUGGGCGAAGAAGGCAGCAAAUAAAAUAAAGUGCAAGACGACGUCGAGGCUAACGCGACUAAACAGAAUGGCCUGAAGCUAAGCAUGCCGACUAUAAGCGCCACGGUGGACAUAAAUAGGAGCACCGGAAUAAUAACGAUACACCGGAGACCACGAG